AUGAAUUCACGGGUUUGCACAUCCCAUGCAAAGAGGUCGCGGCCAGCUCUGCAGAAGCAGAUAAAGCGACCGCCUUUGCGAGAACGAAUUGCAAACAGACCUGGUAUGCAAUCGACAUAUUCAGAAGACGACGAUGGCCUGUUGAUACAGCUGAAAGAGAAAGACAAAUUAUCAUCGGACGAAAUUGCAAAGUUCUUCCCAGGAAGGACCAAAGUGACGUUGCAAGUGCGCUACUCCACAAAGCUGCAGAACCACUCGCAGAUGUCGAAGUACAAGAAAGGCAAGGGAAUAUGCUCAUCAGGGUUUUUAAUGGACUUGCUUGAUCCACAGCUUCGAGAUGCCCUUCCUUCCACAUCAUCUCUAGCAGCAACUGCCGACUUCACCACGGGUCCUCACAGAGACAUACUAUCAACUAGGAACAAAGAGCAUACAACACUGCAACUGCAUUGUGGCAGCCAAGGAGUGGAAAGCGAUACAGAUGAGAUCUGCGACGUUGAAGCGCUUCUUGCCAAGUUGACAGUACGUAAUGUGGUUUGGUACCUCGUGAAGUGGGAAGGCUUUGGUGAUGAUAAAAAUAUGUGGCAGGAACAGGACGACAUUAGUUCGGAUCUCGUUGACAAUUUUGAGGCGAGCUAUCAAGGGAACUUCGGUGUGGAAUUACUCAAGAAGCGAGAACUAAGAGGGAAAAUUGAAUAUUUUGUAAAAUGGAAGGGCCGUCCAAUGAAGCAAACUUAG